AUGGAUUUCGAACCUCUAAGCCAAGAAGAUGCUGAAAUUCGGCUUAUACGAUAUCGGCAUUGGGACCCCGAAUGGCCCACAUUUGACUUUGAUAUGGGUGUUGCCUCUCUUAACACUCUAGCUUCGUACCGGGCCAUCUCAUAUACUUGGGGAAGCUCAGGAAAGCCCAUCACCACUCCCUUUGAGAUCAUCGUCAACGGGCGCAGUGUGCCUGUUUCCAGUAACUUGCACUAUGCCCUCAUGCAGGUCUGUAACACACGCAGCAGAAACAAAUGGCUCUGGGUCGAUGCCCUCUGCAUCAACUUUGACGACCUGAACGAGAGGAACUGGCAGGUGGCCAACAUGCAUCGUAUCUUUGCCAGCGCCGAUUUUGUCUACUUUUCCAUCGGUCCCGCCGACGACGACAGCGACCGCCUCUUUGACUUCCUCGUCCCCUGGGGCAAAGAAGCGGCCGCGGCCGACAUGUAUCCCGGCGAGGGCGCCCUCGACCACGCGCCGCUAGAGCCGUAUUCUACCACCAAGACGGGCAAGUUCAUCCGCCUGCUCACCAAAACUACGGACAUUUACGAUAAAGGCCUACACGAUGCCAUCGCCGCUCUGGCACGCCGGCCCCACUGGAACCGAUGCUGGAUCAUGCAGGAACUGAUGCUCGCCAAGGGCGGUAUCCUGCUUUGCGGGCAGAAAGUUAUGCGUUUACACCAUUUCCAUGCCAUCAUGCUCGCCUUGACCAGAGUGGCCGAAUGGCGCGGAGGGCAACCGCGUCUCGGGGAUGGCUACACCUUCAGCCCCAGCGCUGCCAACGAGAGUAUGCUUGGCAUCGACGCCCACAUCCGUGGCCCGCGGCCGGACGCCACGCUGCACUUCUUUCUCACCAGCCGGGCGCGAAUAUACGACACCGUUACUUGGUCGGGCCCCUUUUACGAGUCUCGCGACCCGCGGGACAUCAUCUUUGCCUUUCUUGGCGUAGCCUCCGACCGGGACCACCUCGGUAUCGUAAUUGAUUAUUCAAUUGCGAUCCGCGACGUCUACACGGCGGCCACCUUGGCCAUGUUUCAGAGCGACCCGCGGCAACCCAUCCUGGAGCUAUCGUCCUUUCCCAAGGAUAUUCGCUAUUUGCCCACCUGGGUGCCCGACUGGAGUCGCAUCGGCCGCCUCGGCUUGCAGAAUCCGCUGAGCCAGCUCGGGUCAUUCCACGUCUUCCGCACCCGGAAGACCAUCCCCGAGAUUACCAUCGUGGACGGGAAUAUUCUGCAGCGGCGGGGACUUGCCUGUGGCAUCGUCAAGUGCGCAUUCCAGUUUAGCGCCUUCGACUCCAAGGACGACUCCAAGGAGUGGCAGGCGGCCGCCUUUUCCUCCGCGCUGGAGCACCACCGCGACGAGUGCGUCCGCGACAUGCUGUCUUUUAUAUACCUCUGUGCUUUUGACGCUGUCGGUAGCGAGGAUAGGCCCGAGACGCGCCUCUGGCGGGCCAUUACCGCGGAUACCUACCGUAAGAUCGAGAAGCUGAAUGGCUACCAUGAUUUCAAUCGCAAAAUGCUCGGCCUGGAGCCCCUUCCGAGGGGUGAGCUGCUCCCGGUCAGUGUCCACCACAUCUGGGAAUACGGCUUGUCGGACAGCGAAGAGACUGUGGCAAGGCACCCGAGAAAGUUCGUCGCGGCUGCGUGGGAGCGGCUGGUGCGCAUGGCACGCAACCGCACGCUGUUUGCGACCGAGGACGGCAGGAUCGGGCUGGGGCCGUACCUGAUGCAGCGCGGGGAUGUGGUGACGGCGCUGGUGGGUAGUCGAGUGCCGGCCAUCCUACGGCCAGAAGACUCGGUGUAUCGGUAUUUAGGUGAAGCCUACGUCGAGGGCAUCAUGUAUGGCGAGCUGGGGCUGGACGAGAGCGAGCACCAGGAUCAAGCGUUUGACAUUGUCUAG